CGUCGUCAUGCUGGUGCGGUAAUGGACUCUUCCGGACCUCACCCACCGCCGCCAAGGGUUCGCGUGAAUUCGCGCUUGCUGCAAGCGUCCGCCAACCUCCAGGCGGUCAACAGACCCCUCGACGACGUCACAUGUCCAACUCCAUCGUCUCCCACUCGGCGUGGAGGGACCCCAACACUGAAACGCAAGAAGCCGAUUUACGUUACCGACAAUCCAUCGUCACCAGUCCCUUCCAUAGACACACCCGACGACGGUCCGACCCUCAUCCAUGUCUCGAAGACCCAUAUCCAUGCCAUCUACGGAGGCACGAUGGGAUUCUACUCGAUCUGGCUGGCUGUUCCAUGCGAAUCCACCGUAGUCAUCCACUUGCUCGUCCAGAACGACCGAACGCGAUCAGUGCGUCUGUCGGCGUCUCGAAUUUGCUUUACUCCAACCACGUACGGAUUACCCCAGGCCGUCGGGGUGCAGGCUGUGGACGUGACCCGGGACGACGAUAUAUGCAUCCAACACCGCGUGUUCAGCCAAGAUGAGCGCUUCGAUCAGCUGGAUGUGCCGCCGAUUCAUGUGAAAGUGUUCGGGAACGAAGCUGCUUUCGUGUGGUCGUUUGGGGGUGAUGCGAUUCUCCAGGACGUGACGACCAACACAUUUGCACGGCGACGACCGUUGUUGAUUCCAGGGAUGAAGGAGAUUUUGCCAUCACCGACUAGCCAUCCAGACGCAAACCCCACGUCGCCCGUCGGCAACGCUCCACCCCAAGCUCCGCGAGAUGUCUACUUCAGCUCGCUCGCGUGCGGCGAAAACUUCACUGUCGUCGCAAGCUCCCAGUCGUGCUUGGCCUUUGCGUUUGGUCAAGGCACGGAUGGCGAAUUGGGCAACCACGCGAGCUUCAGUAGCAAAACGCCGUGUCGACUGCCGUCCCAACUGUUUGCCACCCCCCAAGAACGACCUGCGAUUGUGUCGCUCAGCUGUGGGAAGCACCACGUUGCGGUCGCGACCCGCGCAGGGCAGCUCUUCACGUGGGGCAGUGGUCGCUUUGGCCAGCUGGGGCAUUGCAACUACCUGGACAUUAACUCGCCCAAGCCAGUGCAAUUCGACAAGCAGGACGCUCCAAACUCCGCCGUCUGCACCAGCAUGCUCUUAGAAGGAACGAUUGUGACUUCGGUUGCGUGCGGAGGGUUCCAUACCCUCGCCAUCACAGACGUCCAACACGUGCUAGCUUUUGGUCACAACAAAGCUGGCCAGCUCGGAUUUGGUCACCGCCAGUCGCGCACGGACCAUGGCUGGCGGAGCUGUGUCCCGUGUCGGGUGGAUGGGCUAUUGAACUACGCAAUUCACCAAGUGGCAGCAGGCGUGCACCAUAGCGCUUGCAUCUCAACCCAUGGCGAUCUGUUCACGUGGGGAUGCGGGGUUGACGGCCGGCUCGGCCACAACUCAUCGGUCACGUACAGCACCCCAACGCUGGUCGUCGCCGUCCAGCUGCUCAAGAUUUUGCCCAAGAUGGUGCGAUGCGGCGGCCGCCACUCGGCGCUGAUUAGCGACACCGACCAACUGUACACUUGGGGCGCCAACGAUUUCGGGCAGCUCGGUGUGGGCGAUGUACGCCAGCGGCUCUCACCCGCUUUGGUUACAUUUCCCACAAAAUCGCCCGUCUUGGAGGUGAGCCUGGGGCACUUCCACUCGGCUGCUAUCAACGCGCGUGGAGAUGUUUGGACAUGGGGCUACGACAUCAAUGGAGGUCUCGGAAUGGAAAGCGAUGGGUCGGUCCAUCUCUCGCCUUGUCAAGUCACGGCCCUCGCUGGGUUUGGGGCGGUGCAAGUGCAGUGCGGGUGGAGCCACACAACAGUGCUCACGAAACGAAAUCACCCGAUGAAGCGCACGACGGCGCAGGGUAGCCCCCGGAGCAUGUCACGGCGAUCGAGCAAUCAAAUCGACAUUGGAUCUCCAUCGAUCCCACGGAAACCGGUGGCCCCAGACGCCGCCUUGCGAAGACACAAGCGACCGCAGAGCGCAACUCCCCGCUCCACCAAACCCACUCAGACAGAUGAGCAAACACAACCUGACCCGCCCCCAACACUCCAUGCCUUUCACAAGCGCAUGCAGCGCGUGCGGCCUCAAUCGGCCCAUCCUCGCGCCAGAAAAUCCGAUGAAAACCAACCAGCCCCAGCCCAUCGAGCCCCGGUCUUAGUCGCGGCGGCCCACAUACCCCACCCUUAUUUACGAAAGAAUCACCACAAGAAUGCCAAGCCCCCCCGACCACAGACGGCGCGACUUGCAGAUCGACGGCCCCCCGAUGUGCCCCCACGACUGGUUGUGCAUCCAACUCUCGAUCCGCGGCGGUCGAAAACAAGUGUCCAACGAGCCAUCGCGAUAACGUUUGUUGGUCGACUUGCCAAGCAAGUUGUUGAGAAAGUUGCCAAUGCAGCAAACGACAAACUCGAGUCGUCCGUGCACCAACUCGACCAUCACAGACUGCGGUCCCACACCGCACUCUACCAACGAGUAUUCACGCGGCAAGCACCCGUUCUCCCCAUCACGACGCCACGUGUUUAUUGCCGUCAACAACUUCCCCAGCAGCCCGAUCAAGUUCCCGAGCAACCGCAAGGGGACGAAGGGCGAGUCGACUUCAGAAAGGUCGCUCCACCAACGAUGACGUUGGAGCAAUGGACGACUCUGGUCGACUCGGCAGGGCCGACGCUGUCGUCACUCUCAAGCAGUGACGCCUCGUCGAUUCCUCGACGACCUCGACCCAAGAGCGCUAGCGUCCUCAAAACGCCGCUGCCGUUGGCGCUCUCUCUCGAGAUCGAACGCGAACGGAAACAUGCCAUCGAGAUUGCAGGAUCCGUGCUCAAAGAAGCCCAGUAUCAGCACCAUAAGCGGCUCUGGCUGCGGUAAUCGCAACAGAAAGGGUCCAUGAGUUGAAUCGCUCAGUGGAGUGCCCUGUGAAUGGGA